GACCAUGAAUGCAGCAUGACGCUACCAUCAUCAGCCCGCUACAUCUCAGCGAGUCACAAAGAUGGCGAACGUGGUGUUGGAGUUCAAGUCGGCUGCCGGCGACUCGGAGCCGCAGAGUCGCCCGGUCCUGAUUAUGGGGCAGCAGGCCAACCUGCAGCAAGUCAGCUGGAGCCAGAUUAAAGGAAAACUACAGCCAGUGGUUAACAAAGAGGUCUGGCAGGCAGCUCUCGGUACUCUGAACCCAAACCCCACCGACAGCUGCCCCCUCUACCUGAAUCAAGCUGUGGUGGCUGCUCUUCCUUCUCGGGUCAGCAGACACAACAGUCCGUCGUCUUCUCAUUUUGUGUUUCGUCUGAUCAGAUCCUGCCUCCCCGGAGGGAACAAUCGCUGUGUUGUGAUGGUGUGUGAGCGUUCGGAUGUCUUUGCCUCCUCUUGUGCCAUCGCUAGAGCCUUCCCUCUCUUUUCCCGCCGCUCUGCAUCCUCACGCAGGACUGAGAAGAAGCACGUGACGGUGGAAUUUUUGAUCGUUGGUCAUGACAGCAGUCCUCUGAAUGCUGCAGAACUUGAGUGUCUGUCCAAUUCCGCUGAUGGCGUACGUCUGGCAGCUCGCAUUGUGGACGCACCGUGCAGUGAGAUGAACACUGACCUCUUUUUAGAUGAAAUAAAAGCUGUAGGGUCUGAACUUGGAAUCACUCCAGUCAUCAUUCGUGGAGAGGAACUGAAACAAAAAGGAUUCGGAGGUAUUUAUGGGGUUGGAAAGGCAGCGGAGCAUCCUCCUGCUUUAGCAGUUCUGAGCCACACACCCGAUGGGGCGACACAAACCAUUGCAUGGGUGGGCAAAGGCAUCGUGUACGACACCGGUGGACUCAGCAUCAAGGGAAAGACUACCAUGCCUGGGAUGAAGAGAGACUGCGGUGGCGCUGCAGCCAUCUUGGGAGCUUUCAAGGCCACGAUUAAACAGGGUUUUAAGGACAACCUCCACGCAGUGUUUUGUCUGGCAGAGAACGCAGUGGGCCCCACAGCCACCCGACCUGAUGACAUCCACACCCUCUACUCUGGAAAGACAGUGGAAAUCAACAACACUGACGCAGAAGGCAGGCUGGUGCUGGCGGAUGGAGUGGUGUACGCCUCCAGAGACCUGUCUGCUGAUAUUAUUUUGGACAUGGCCACUCUGACGGGGGCACAGGGAAUCUCCACAGGGAAGUACCACGCUGCUGUGAUGACCAACAGCGAGCAGUGGGAGGUGGCGUGCAUACGCGCGGGUCGCAGCAGCGGUGAUCUCGCUCACCCUCUGGUUUACUGUCCCGAGCUGCACUUCAGCGAGUUUACCUCUGCCAUGGCUGACAUGAAGAACUCUGUGGCUGACCGGGAGAACGCCCAGAGCUCUUGUGCUGGCCUCUUCAUCGGUUCCCACCUGGGCUUUGAUUGGCCCGGGGUCUGGGUCCAUGUUGACAUCGCUUCUCCUGUUCAUGCCGGGGAGCGUGCUACAGGAUUCGGUGUAGCUUUGCUCAUGGCGCUGUUUGGUCAGGCCUCUGAUGACUCCAUGCUGAACCAGGUGUCUCCUCUGGGUGCUCCCACCGCUCGGGCCGAGGACCAGAUGGAGCGGGAUUGCAAAAGACGACGACUGGUGUAGAGCACAGAACGGUCCAUUCCACAACUGCUGUCUAUCUGUUGGAGCUCAUUUGAAACAGUUUGGUACAAUUUGGCUUCAGAGAAUAAAAGAAAAUCUGUAAAUCAGAUGAGGAGUAAACGAUUAAAGGCUGCCUCACACUUGUCUUCGUUACUAAUCUCCUCCAUAGCUUCUCCAAUGUCCUCUUUACUAUGAAACGAUUAUUGCAUUUAGGGUCUCAUUGAUGUUUGUUCAGGUUCUCUGUGGUGAUUUAUAUUGUUUUGUAAUUCUCUUUGACAGACUUUCCAGUAAACUGCAGUUUAAGAUUUUACUACAUACCUCGUAGACUUUACUUUCAACUAACCACCUCAUGAGCAGGACGUUUUGUAUCCAUGCGACUAACCGAGUGUGCCCUACACGUCAUAAACAUUGUGGAAACUAGUGGAUUUGUGAUCUGUAACCACUGCACUUAGUGAUCUCUGCCCCCAAACGGAGCUAGAGUUUUUACAGUUCCUGAUUUGAUGAAUUAUGACAUGUUUUAACUGUAAGUUGAAAAGUUAACGGGAUUCCUGCAUAAAUACUUUGACAAUCACAUAUUUCAAUAAAAGACUGUGCCAUCUGUC